AUGGCAACUGACGCUACUCCGUGCGCAAACAACUGUGGGUUUUAUGGAAAUCCGAACAAUCGAAACCUGUGCUCCGUUUGUUACAUGGCUUUCCUCAAAGAAACGGGUGUAAAAUAUUUUGAGCAACAAAUAAACUCAAAAAGUAAGAUUAAUCUUGAAACGAGACAAUCUUCUUCUUCUGGUGCAUCGGAGAGUUCUGAAACUUGUGAUCACAAUGAUCCAGCGCCACCGAAAACCAAAAGUAGAUGCGAAAUUUGUCGGAAGAAGGUCGGAAUCAUUGGAUUUAGUUGCCGGUGUGGAGGUUGUUUUUGCGGCAAACAUAGGUAUCCUGAAAAGCAUUCGUGCGGCUUUGAUUACAAGGAGGUUGGACGGACGAUUUUGGCCAAACAAAUAGUUGAAUGCAAGGCCGAUAAAUUGGAGUAUAGGGAAGAUUGA